AUGAUGGAAAAUAGUUCUGUAAUAACAAUGUUUUUUCUUUCAGGUUUAACUGAAUCAAAGAACAACAGGUAUAUUCUCUUCUCUCUCAGUUUGUUAUGUUACUGUGUCAUUGUGCUGGUAAAUAUAACUCUUAUUGUGACCAUCAUCUUGGAUAAAAACCUCCAUGAACCAAUGUAUAUUCUGCUGUGUGCUUUUUGCAUGAAUGGACUUUAUGGAUCAACAGGUUUCUUCCCCAAGUUUCUGUGGGAUCUGCUCUCUCCUGUUCAUGUCAUCUCUUAUUCUGGAUGUCUUCUUCAGGUUCAAGUACUAUACUCGUCUGCAGGCAGUGAUCUCUCCAUUCUUGCAGUAAUGGCCUAUGACAGAUAUGUGGCUAUAUGUCGAUCACUGCAGUAUCACUCUAUCAUGUCAAAGCAAAGAGUCAUGAAGUUAGUGUGUUUCUCCUGGUUAACACCUUUCUGCAUUAUAGGCAUAAAUAUUUGUCUAACAUCAAGACUGAAGUUAUGCAGUCCUUAUAUUGCCAGACUGUUCUGUGUGAAUUGGAUUAUUGUUGCACUUGCUUGUUUCCCAGCUGAAACUAUGGUUAACAGCAUAGUUGCAUAUAUUACAAUACUCUUUUAUGUAUUUCAUGGUGUAUUCAUAGUUUGGUCGUACAUUUAUAUCAUUAGAACAUGUGUAAAUUCUAUAGAAAACAGGGCAAAGUUCAUGCAAACAUGUGUGCCACAUUUAUUCUCUUUGAUUACUUUUAUUUUCACGAUACUUUUUGAUCUUAUGAAUACACGAUUUGAUUCAGAGAAAUUACCUCAAUCACUUAAAAACUUUGUAGCAGUAGAAUUUCUUGUCAUACCUCCACUCAUGAAUCCUCUUAUUUAUGGUUUUAAGUUGACUAAAAUUAGAAAUAGAUUUCUGGGUUAUAUGACUUUUAGAAUGAAAUGA